AUGUGGUAUGACAGACAUGCCCAUGGCUAUGAUCUAUGGCUCAUGUGGUAUGACAGACAUGCCCAUGGCUAUGAUCUAUGGCUCAUGUGGUAUGACAGACAUGCCCAUGGCUACGAUCUAUGGCUCAUGUGGUAUGACAGACAUGCCCAUGGCUAUGAUCUAUGGCUCAUGUGGCAUGGCUAUGGCUCAGGUCUAGGGCCCAUGUGGUAUGACAGACAUGCCCAUGGCUAUGAUCUAUGGCUCAUGUGGCAUGGCAGACAUGGCUAUGGCUCAGGUCUAGGGCUCAUGUGGUAUGACAGACAUGCCCAUGGCUAUGAUCUAUGGCUCAUGUGGUUUGACAGACAUGCCCAUCGCUAUGAUCUAUGGCUCAUGUGGCAUGGCAGACAUGGCUAUGGCUCAGAUCUAUGGCUCAUGUGGUAUGACAGACAUGCCCAUGGCUAUGAUCUAUGGCUCAUGUGGCAUGGCAGACAUGGCUAUGGCUCAGGUCUAGGGCUCAUGUGGCAUGGCAGACAUGGCUAUGGCUCAGGUCUAGGGCUCAUAGUUGUGGAAUAA